AUGGAUCAAGAAAGUGCAAUGAUGAUCUUCUUAUCUUAUCAAAAAUUACGAAUGCCUACAUUCAGUGUUCGACAACGACGAACAGAAAACCCACUACGUGAACGUUUACUCGUCAGAAAAUUUAUCGUUCAACUGGAAACAUACUAUUUUCAACAGCAACAGCAACUAUCAAUGACAAACUCUGACAGUGAACACAUGGAAGUCGAUCAGGAAAUCGAUAAUGACGAAGAAGACGAUUAA